ACUCGAAGUAUUAUAAUUGCGGCUAUACAUAAGAAGACGAAAAUAGGAUGUGAGCAACUUGUUCAAGAAGCUAUUAGCACUUGCUCAAUUCCUGCUAUUAGCAAGACUACAUCUUAUUUACAUGAGUUAAUUAGUGCAGCUCAUAAAGUUAUUGACCUUAAUCAAAAAAAACAAAUCGAUACUGAAGCUAUAGCUUUUAAUUCCUAUACAAAAAAAGUAUCAGUUUAUAGUAUUGAAGAUAAAAUCAUUAAAGAAAUUUAUAAGUUUCCUUAUUCUAUGCAGUAA